AUGUUUGACAAUAUUGACACAGGUCUUGCUAUAGUGUCAGGCGUUUUCUCCGAGGGCUUUUUUGUCAUCAGAACAUGGGUCCUCUGGGACAACGAUAGAAACUUGCUCGUAGCCAUCCUAGUUACCGCACUCACUUUUAUGGGAGCAUCGAUCGGCAUUCUCUUCGCCACUAAUGUUUCCGCAGCAUAUGUAAUUAGUGCAAUCCCGGGCAUCACAGGGUGCUACCAGAGUUCGACCAGUUUCCAACUCUUUGUACCAUUUCUUCUCCUUUGCGUGUUCGAAUUGGGACUCAUGAUUCUCACAAUCAUCCGCGCCAUACAGAGCUGGCGGGAAAACCAAAACCGUCUGUACGUCGCCCUGGUGAAACAUAACAUAUUCUAUUAUACAUGUGGUUUUUUGGCGAACAUAUUCACAUCGCUGCUCCUCCAGUACUCCUACCACACCAUGUUGUAUGAUUUCCAGUUCAUUAUCCUCGCAAUCUUUGCCACGCGCAUGCACCGCGAUCUCUGGCUGUCUGUAAACUCUGUAGACCAACAUGCAUAUGACUAUAGCGCCCUUGUGUGUAUUCCAAUGUCCGACAUGGCACCUGUAAAUUCUACGGCAUGA